AUGCUCACCAAGACCCUCAUUUUAUCAUCAAGAUACCCCACCGACCUCACACCACCAAAUAUCACUUCUCACCACCGCUGGCGCCGAACCUUCACCAUCUCGUUACAUGUCGGCAGCCUGUUGACUAGCUUGGUGGCGAUAUCACUCUUCGCAGCCGCCAUUCCACGAUGGAACGCCAAUUUCUUCCACAACUCUGGACCCAACAAGGGAGACUGGACCGAUGGUUUCGCCCUAGGACCUUUGACGUUCGCACUCCUCUACCACGCCGGCGUCCUGAUCUAUGAUCAAGUGCAACAACGCCGACGCCAGACACCAGCUUUGCCGGCACUGUCCCAGCGGUCCCUCAUCCUGCACACCACUGUGACAGUGCUCAUCCUCGUCAUCAUGAUCCCUGCCUUGUUCAUUGCAGGCUAUGGAUCGCUAUUCCGCUUCUGGAAACCUGCCGUUCGCACACAGUCUGGGAUUCUGGUAUGUAACAUGCUCAACGUCUUUGCACGUGAAUGUGAGCCAGUCCUAUACACUGUUGGGAGCCUCCAGAUCGGAGCCAUCAUCUGUGGCACUCUUCUCUGGGUCCUGCACUUCAUGCUUCUACUCCUCUCCCUCCGAGACAUGAGGCGACAACGUCUUGUCAAACAAUUGCAAAAGGAGAAAUUGGCCCAGUACGAUACUGCAUCCGAAAAGAGCGCAAGGUCUAACUCGAAGCGCCAACGGUCGUCUCCAUCUUCAUCCAGAGCCGGCUCACGAUCAAACUCGCUUACCUCUGGUGAAUCCAGGAUUUCGGGCCAGCAGCAGCGGAACAUCCCCACCAUUCAGGCUCCUGCUCCAAGCCAUACACGCCAAACCUCGUAUGGAAAAUAG